AUGGCAUCUCCAUUUAUCUUCCACCUCUCCUCCUCGCUGGCUGCCAACCGGUACAUGAACCUGUACUGGUCCGGUGACCAGAACACCAGCUGGGGUCACAAUGACGGAAUCAAGUCUGCCGUGACUGUCAUGGGCCAUAUGGGUCUGUCUGGCUACGCACAUGGCCACGUAGAGAUUGGCGGAUACACGACUACAUGGGACAGCAAUGGCGUCGUCAACCGUUCGGCUGAGCUUCUGGGUCGUUGGAGAGAGCUUUCCCCGGUUUCUAGCGUCGUCUUCCGGUCGCACGAGGGGAAUGUUCCCCAUGUCAACGCACAAUUCUACACCAACUCAUCGACGUAUGCCUAUUACGCAUACAAUGCCCGCAUGUUCCGCAGCUUAGCGGCAUAUCAGCGCAGAAUCCUUGAUACCGAAUGCAAGAAUUUGGGAUGGUCCUUGGUCAGAAUGCCGGUCAUUUACCACCCCGAUGACGUGGGAGCAAAGGCCACCAGACACGAAAGCUUUCUCCUUGGGUCUGACUUGUACGUUCCAGCCGUGCUGGACCCCGGCUGUAAGUGUGUCGAGGUCUAUUUUCUUGGCCAAAACCAGUCAUAUACACACGUGUGGUCCGGGUGGAGAUACAAAGGUGGCCAGAAAGCUCGUGUUGUUGUACCCUAUGGUAAGCCUGCUGUGUUCGUCGUGGUCCAGCCGAAGCACAACGAUCUACGGGGCUUGCUUGAAUUCGUUCGCAAGGAGAACACGGCCAUGAUAUACGUUUGA